AAAAAUCACUUUACAGGAUUUACCAUUGCACCGAUUUGAUCCCAGGGUCGCGCAACUUGCRCUUGAUGUUCGCCAAAUUGAAAUUAAUAGAUGCAAAGCACUGAAAGAGGGAUUUUUCCCCAAGUUUUUCAUUCACUGUCACGGUAGCCGAGACAGAYCCACAUCAGACAUGAAGCCGUCAACAACCAACCAACACUGUUGCUGUACAGAAAGCCACAAACUAAAGAGAGCUGAGCUUUCGAAAGAUAUCAAGGCAUGCCAUAAAGAUGUCAACGACUUAAGACAAAUGAUGAGAAAACAGAARAUGCAGAUUAAGCCUGCUCCUCCUUAUGGUGGAAGAACUAAAGAAGAGACCAUAAAAAAGAUUUCUACACACAACAAGCCCAAGAGAUCUUUGAUAAGUACGCCUUGUGACGCUGAUUGUCCUUUCAAGAAGGAAGAUCGUUGCACGUUCUUGAAGCAACUARUUUGGACUGCAGUUCUAAAAGAAGUUCAAAAAGAAGUGAACAAAACAAAACUAUGGCUGAGAGACGCAAUACAAAUGACGAUCAAGGAAAAAGUGAUAGARUUAUUGAACAGUCAUAGCGUCCAGGCACACAUUGCCUUCUAUGACAASAACAACCUCUCCGUAAUAGCUAAAAGAGUCGGUGAGACUGAGACGUUUUAUCUCAUAMGUAUGAGWACAAGGAACAUUGAUUGUAAAACCAACUUACACUUUUGUCGGAGAAACUUUGAAGAAGAUGGGUUUCGAAAAGAUGACGGCAGCAUGUAUUCGAAUUUGGUGAUAAAUUACGAUGAUUCGAAAAUCAAAGUUUUAAAACAUGGUUUUUACUGGCUAUCCGUUCAGCUAACUAUCGAUGGCGUCAACAACACACUCAUAGACAAGAUUGCGAAAGUGAGUAUUUUAAUGACAACGAAAUGGAAGCRAGAGAACGUGAUACUGAUGUCUCAAGUGCCAMAGCCUUUUACUACUUCAAGGCCUGAUAACGUCAAGCAGAAACUGAAAUUGUACUCAGUAACAAUGGGUAGACAGGUUAAACUUCUCAAAGGCAGUAUGAUAAGGGUUGUGUUAACUUUAAAGCCGAACAGUAAAGUUAACGUAGAAAAGCCAAAGGAAAUAACCCUUUACGGUGAAGACAAGAUGAACGGGCUUGAUAUCUUUAAACUGCCAAGGAUGACUGAAGACGAUGGUCAAGACAAUUAAGUUAAAGUGAACGUGMAUGUUCUCUUUGGAUUUGUAACAACUGGAACUGUCUUUGUACUCAAUCCUUCUAAGCGGUUUGUGACAUUAGGCUAUGUAAGUGCCASAUAUACUUUCAGUGAACUGUUAAAACGAAGCGUAAACGAGGAUUACAUUUCCUUGAAAAUGCUCAAGGAGGAGACUAUUCUUGUAUAAAACGGCGAAGGGGAUGAUCGCGGUCAGGUGCCAUUAGACGACUCCAAAUCUGCAGUGGAUGAAUUCUGUGUAAAAUCUAUAGUGGAGCGCAACUUUUAUACAGUACGGUGGAUAGCCGUUCCUUUGUUGAAACAGAGACAUAUUUUAAUUAUGAAGUACAUAUCUUGUAAGUAACAAUAAUUCAGUCAUUCAAGCCUAAAAGUGCAUGAAGUGUAUGUAACUAUAUCUGACAAAAGCUUUCCGCGAAGAAAACAUGAUUCUCUGUACCACGGUCUGACGUACAGCUUGCUAUGCAAGGCAGAUAUUCUACAUGGAUUCCCUUUUGGGGUAAACAUACUUAGAAAGGAAUCUUUGGUCGUAUUAUUGCUGAGAAAUAGUCUUAGUAAAUCCUGUACAAAACGACUAUCAUUACAACUUGUAAGGAGAAAACAAUCAAUUGUGUAAAUAUAAUCUAUGCAUACUCAAAUGCCUUCCCGCUAUCAAUAAAAACAUGCAUGACCUUCA